CUUCCGGAAACGUGUUUACGGUGCUAAUGUUUAUGUUCUGCACAUGCAAAUCUUUCAAUAAAAAAUACGGCAUGAAUAAGUUGACAGAAAUUCGAAUUCAACGAAAAUAACUGUUUAGUUUCAAGAUGGAGAGAGCAAGGACACCAAAUGUAGACCUGCCAAGCUUUGCUAUUGAGACAAAUUACAGCUCAGAUGAUGAGAGAGAAGAAGCAGCCGAAGAAACGAGAAGGAAAAAGACCAAACACAAAAAACAUGAACGCAGAAAGAGCUCAUCUAAAGCAAAUGUUGAAGAAAAAGAUUCUGUUGGAGCUAAUGAACAAUCAAAAAUAACAACUGGUGCAUCAUCUUGCUCCACAGCAAAUAGAGGAAGACCACGGAAAAGAAAGCUUGGGAACACCUCUCUGGACGAGGGCAAAGAACAAGUGAUUUGUGGAAUGUGCAACAAACACUACAAAAAUGAACAUUCCUUAAAGCAACAUGUUAGAGGAUACCACAAAAAUCAGACAAUGGAACUGAGUGCAGAUGAGAGUGGAACUGGUUCUGAUUCUGAAGUCGUUUGUAUGGUAUGUCAGAAGGGGUACAAAAAUGUGAAGAGCUACAGACACCACUAUAGAUUGAAACACAAAGGAACGUUACCUGAAGAAUAUGUGGUGAGAAGGUCGACCAAGGAAUCUAAACCCACCAGGGGAGAAAGUGACGCCGUUAGAGGGUCUGGAAAUUUCAAUAUCCAGGGGAUUGAUGGGAAUACAGAGGAAGAAACUCCCACCACCGGUCAUUUGAAAGGAACUACUUCUACAGCAAAGAGAGAUUCUAGUAAAGGGAGUAGCAGAGAAAGGAAGAUUAAAGGUGGAAACAGUUCUGCUGUAGAUGGUGAGGGUAUGCACAUGUGUCCCUACUGUAUAGUAGGUUACCAGCGACCCUGUCAUUUGUCGAGGCACAUUUCACAUAAUCAUGGAAAGGAAUGGAUUUCUGACAAAGGUAAACCAAACGGCACCACCACUGAGGAAGAAUCAGAAAACUCUCAAAUGGACAAGAAGGACGUUAAAGAUUUGAGACGAGUUCCAUGUACCUUUUGCUCAAAAAUGUACAAGACCAGGAAAACUAUGAGGGCUCAUCGUAGAAAGGAACACAGAGAUAUGAUGCCAAAUUUGAGGACUUUAAAACUGGACAGAGGAAUGACCAAACAAAUAAAAUCCAGUGAGGAACACGAGAAUUCUAUGAUGUCAUUUUCCAGUGAGGAAGAUAUGAGCAUGGAAGAGAUUCCUUGUUCUAACAAUUCUAUGCCAUACAAAUCAAAGCAUUCUGAAAAUAUGCAAGGCAGUAAUGAUCAUAGUAACAAAGUGAUUUUUUCUGAGUUUGUUGAUUCUGAAGAUGACACUGGUCAUACUACAAAUGAGGACAGUGAGUGUUCUGCGUUUGAAGGUGAUAGUGAAGUUGAAUCCAGUGUAGGCAGGGUGCCUUGUCCAUUUUGUUCGAACACAUACAAAGCAAAAAAAUAUAUGAAAGCCCACUGCAGGAACAAACAUAGGAAUGAAAUACUUGUGUCAAAUCAAUAUUCAUCUGAAACUGAAGAGACAGUUAAUCGCGCAACUGGUGUACCAUGUCCCUUGUGUUCAAAGUUAUUUGAAAACAGCGAGACUAUGACUACACAUUUUAAAACGGGUCAUUUCGGUGGACGAAGUUUCAACCCAGAUCUCGUGAAUAUGGAAGGUGAAAAUCAAACAAAAGCGGAGCUGGAGAGAAAAAAGGAAAGAAUUUAUUGUCCUCUCUGCCCAAAAUCAUACAAACACAAGAAAAGUUUGAGGGCUCAUUGCAUACAAGACCAUAUUGGUAAAGAUGUAGUUGUCGGUACUUUUAGAAGUACGGAGGAGGAGGAUACUACAGAACCUGGUAAGUCUGGCACACAAGAGAAACUAGUAAACAUGCCUGUCAUUGUAGAUUGUAGCACCAGCAUGUACAUAAUAUGUGGUUGUGGGCUUGUAUUCAGAACUGAACGAAACAGACAUUUGCAUAUGCUAACCCUUGGAAAAUAUCAUACUAAUCAUUCUUAUCAAAUCGUAGGUACUCAACAAAUGAUUGAAAUGGGAACGCUUCAAUGUGGGUUUUGUGGGUCCAGAUUCAGAUCAAACGAUGCAUUGCGGAGACACUUGAAUGAUUUUCAUUUCGACAGGAGGGAAGCUGAGAAAGAGUUGGACAUUAAUGUUGAUGCAAGCAAUUUUCUCAGAUUUAACAAGUCCCCGAAGAACACAACUACAAGUUACACUGAGAAAUCUCCAUCCAGCAGUCAGGAAAAUUAUCCAAAAAGAGACCCUCUUGAACAAGCUGCUAAUUCAAAGAUGAAUCGAUGUAUAUCAGAUGAAGGCAUUGUUAAAGAAGUCUUAACAAAUGCAUCUAACAAAACUGGACCCAUUCGUUUGUUGGAUGCCGAAAGUCCCAAGAAGUCUAACCAGAAAUUUCAAAAUUUUUUCAUCACAUUUACAGAAGAAAAGAAUGACUAUGUAAGAAUUGUGUCCAGGAAUUCUGAGGACAAGGUCAAGAAACACAGCUUGGGAGAAAGCAAAUCACCAGGUUUUAAUAGAGCAAAUGAGAAUAAAAGACAGAAAUUUGGAGACCAGGAAAUGGCAGAAGAGCAUAAUAUCACAAGGACAUCCUCUGUGUUGUUCGAUAAAGACAAAGUUAAAGCUGUGAAUGUAGGAGUUGAUGAAGAUACCAGUAGCGAGGGUGACAAAUCUCCGGACCAGGCUUCUAGUUCUGAUCCCCUGACUGUCAAUGUCCAGCAGUACUUGACCAGGUCGCCAACCAGAUUCUCCCCUUUUGUGAAGCUGACUAAUAUUUGCGAAGGACAAAAAAAGUUUGAUCCCAAAAAGCCAUGGAACAAAUAUGCUCCAGCAAAACCCGUAACAAAGACUAUGUCUUCUGGAAAUCAGUUGUUGGGAGUGGUCAGCAGAAGAAAGUCCCUUGAAUCGAAGAAAGUUAAGUUUCGGGAUGAAAAUGGUGCAGAAAUUACGUAUUUCCAAGCAGAGCAAACACCGACAAGUGGGAAUGACUCGGAAAAUUAUUUACAAAAAUAUGAUCAGGCAGCAUUAGCUUUUUCUGAUCAAGAGGAUUCCUGUGAGACUUCAAAUGUUGAGGUGGUUAAUGUGGAAGAUCAAGGCGACAGUAGCCCCACAGAGGAAAAUGAUGAUAUUGAGGACAUGUCUGAAGUAGAUGAAUGGGAUAAUGCAGUAGGUCAGCAGUCUUCAGCAUCUACUUAUGGUCUAAUAUCCGAUCAACCAUCAGUGGAUAAUGGAGAGGCUCAAAAAUCGUCUGCUGCAGAAAAAAAGCAGAAAAAGAAAUCACCGCAAAAAUCAAAGAAAUGUAGUCCUAGCAAAAAAUCAACUGGGAAGCGUGCAUUGUUUUCAGGAAAAAUGGAAACUGAAAACACAUCUAGAAAUAUCAAUAAAAAUGCUUCGGCAAGUUUCAUUCAUUCUGUUUCUGAGGUCUCAUCAGCUCAAGGUUUAAGAUCAGGCAAAACUAAGCUUAGAGUUCCAGCACCAGGAGGCAUCUCCAGAAGGAGAAACACUAAAACUUCUCAGCCUUACCUGAAGAGAAACACAUCAGCUUUUAAAAUCCAGGCAGUUAAAAAGAAACUUCUGAAGGGAACAAAGAUCUUGAGCUCAGAACCAAAGAGAGUUAGUCCGAGAUUAAAAAAACAACCAACUACCCAAGAGGAAGAUGUAGCACCUGAUCCAAAUGAACCUGAAAGCAUAACUUUGGGAGCUGCAGAGUUUGGAGAAAAUCGUAUACAGCGAAUUGAGAAGCUUAAACUCCAAACAGAAGUUCUUUUACAUCGGAUAAAUGAAAUGAAUGAUCUACCUCAAGAGGCUGAAGUUGAUGAAGGGAGAAUUACAAUGACUGGACCAGAACCUUUCUCAACAAAUGCAAAGAGGAAAGUGUCAAAAUUAAAGGCGUCGAAAAGCAAGUCAGUGAGAAGAAGUAAAAGAACUGCAAUGUCCAUGACCAGUGAAGAGGUCCCGAUCACUCCUGAAAAAAACAUAGAAGAUUCCAUUCAUUUUCCACAGCAGUCGGGGGUUGCAGAUAUGAAAAAAGUUUUAAAAUCAAAUUGUAAUUUUGAAUCUGUUCAAAAAUCUGCAGCUGAUUUGAUUUCAGAAGAACAAUAUGAAGAUGAUAACAUUCCAAAACAUAGGACUACUGAAGCAGUUGAAACAAAUACCUCUAGCAGAGGUACAAGGAGUUGCAGUCCUAUGAAGCAGAGGAGAACUCCAAGUAAACCGUAUGUCAGUGAGUCCUUAGUGGUGUCUAAUGCAGCAGCAGGAGGGAAACAACAGGCUGAACAUGGUUUGUCCGCUGCGAAGAUGCCUGUUGUAAAGUUGAGUAAACUUGAGGAACAGUGGAGUGGACAAUAUUUGAAGUUUCUAAGUAAUGUUGAUAAGUCCUCCAAGUCUUCUCCACAAUUGAAUGAACACAGAAUGGAGAGAUCAGAUAAAUCAAAAUCUAGAAAUUUUAGGAGGAGAUCCUACUCAGCAGAUUCUUCUUUGGAUGUGGGUGAAGGAAGUGAAAUGAUUACAAAAUCUGGAAAUUCAGGAGAUGGAGUAGGGCUAUUGAAAAGUCUUGGUUUGCAUUUAAAUGGGAAUGACGAUGAGGAAAUUGAAAAAUCAGCUCUCCAGACAAAGAAAGAAAAUCAGCAAUGCAAAAAAAGACCAUUGCAGCCAACAAUUACAAACAAAGGAGAUGCAGAGGAAAAUUUUAAUCACCAAACAGAUGUACCCAAUUCAGGAGAUGGUAAUAAUGUAGAAAUUAUACAGAUGGUAGAUGAUGCAGUGACAGGUGAAAAUAAUGAAGACAUCAUGGAAUCCACUCUAACUCAAGAAGAACUUCAAAUUACAAAUGAAGUUGAUAAUGUGAAGGUGAACAGAACUGUGAUUGAUGGUAUCAUAAAAAAUCAGCCUCAGGUUCUGUUUGUUCACAAAGAUGAAGUCAUAUAUGCUGAUGAAGACAGUGUUAUCCAAGUGGACAAGGAAGAAAUAAACAAUUUGAAAGAUCAAGUAAGCAAGAAGCGCUCCAAGAAAGUUUUUUCAAGGAAAAGAAAAGCCGGAGAAGAUCCUCCUUUUGUUGAUGAGACAGAUGGAAAUGUUCAGACAGAACCUUUAGUUAAAAAAGAUGUAUUUUCACCUAGUAUUAGAAAUGUCUUAUAUGAAAUAGAACCAAAACAUGCUCCAUUAAAGCCUGUAAAGGCAUUGGAGAUCAGAGUAGUGUCAGACGAUGAAAUCGUCUCAUCCACCAUUGUAGAGGGAAGUUUUGCAAAACAAGACCUAGCCUCUCGGAUUGUAGCCUUGAUGGAAUUUGCAGAAGACCCAGAGGUGGUGGCUCCAGUCAAACAAGUCACAGAACCCAGUUUCGUGAUAAAAAAGGAUGUGCAAACAAAAUUCUCUUGUCACAAGUGUGAUAUCACCUUCAACAUGAAGUCCAAUUUGAAGCGCCACAAAUCUACAUGCCAUCCAGAAGAUGAGUUUAGGAGUUUUGAUAUUGGCAAGAAGUCCAACAUUCCUGUAAAUGUGGAACUAGAAGAGCAAGACAAUGUACAAGCACACGGCAUACUGUCUGACUCAGUAGCACCAGAAAAUAUCAGCUUAUCUGAUUAUGAAGAAGAAAUCAGAGAAGGUUUGAGAGAAAUGUAUGGAGGGGCUUUAGAUGUUGAACUGAAAGUCAAGAAAUUACAGUUACAGGACACUAUUCACAUUGAUGGUUUGAUUUUACUGAGAAAACACAAGAACACCUGGAAAAUAAUGAAUGAUGAACAUCUUUCUGACCCAUUAUUACUUUCUGCAAAUACUGAUAAAAGUUCUUGCUGCAAGAAAGUGGAAUUGGUGAAGAAAACCGAAGUGAAAGACAAAAAACCCAGAAAAUUUGUAGAACUAGAAGAACAGAAUCCAAUCAUUGACAAUCAUUUGAGUGUAGAACAGCAGAACAAUGCUGCUGCAUCAAGUGUAAUAGCUGCUACAUCUAGUGUAAUUGCUUCUACAUCUAGUGUUAUUGCUCCUACAUCUAGUGUACCUGCUUCUACAUCAAGUUUAAUUCCUGCCACAUCGAGUGUAGCAGAUACUGAACUUGUUGCUGAGAGUCAGAACUCAAGUUUAUUGAAGGAAUCUGUGCCAAAGAGGUCACACAAAAAGAAAACACACUCUUUAAAAUCAAGCAAGGAUUCAAACAGUGAAGAAAAAGCAAAGAAAAAAUCAGAUCCAGUCCCUUUGACAGACUUUGAGAGAGCAAUACUUGAGCCAAAAAAAAAGCACAAGAAACAUAAGCGCAAGACAAGUGUAGUAGAAAGCGGAAAAGAGACAAAUACAUAUGAUUGUGAGGACAAAAGUAAAUCAAUUCAUAAAAGUGAAAAAGAUCUGAAAGAUAAGAAAGGAAAGGUGAGGAAUGACCAGGAAACAAUUGUGCCAAAAUCUAAAAUUGUCCAGAAAAUUCUCCGUGAGAAAGCCAAGGAGGAGGAAAUGGAAAACAUGAAGUUUGUCCCUGUAUCGGGUGAACCGCUUCCUUCCUUUGAAGAAAUUCUGCAACAGAAGUCAAAACCUAUUGACCGUAAAUUUACAGAAAAGAAUGAUAAAGAAGGUGAAAAUGUUGUCCAAGAUAAAGGUGAGGAAGGAGACGAGAGUCCUGAAACUGGAGUUGAAUCACCAAACGAUUUUAGUUCAACCUCAUCUAGUGGCAGUUCAGGGAAUAAAAUCUCUACCCUCAUGUCUGUGAAACUUUCUAAGGUGGCAAGGGAUAACCAGGAAAGGGAAGAGGUUCUAGCAGCAAUAACUGGCAAACCCAAGACAAAACCUUUCAGAAUUCCAAAGACUGUAUCCUCAGAGAUUGAGACUUUAGUGGAAUGGAAAUCGCCACUUCAGGACAUUGGUCAAAUAGAGAAGUUUAGAUUUGGAGGAAAGCAAGGUGUUGGACCAAGCAUGCUCAGCAAGACCAGUGUUAUAAGCUCUGUGAGUGUGAACUAUGAUGCUAUCUUAUCAGAUGUUGAAAAACCAGAGGGGGUGAUAAAACAUUCUGUUGUCCUGCCGCUAGAGCUCAGAAAAUCAGAAGAACCCUCCACAUCCAGUGGUAACAAGCAAGCUGUGGACCUAGAAGUUUCUCCUGUCAAGAAACCUCGCAUUGAGACUAUCAGCUGGAAGGAUGAAGAUAUUAUGACUCCAGAUAGCACCACUCCAGACAGAUAUCUUGAGAUGGAGAAUGCUGAGACUGAGAUGGCACCUGUCAAGGAAGCCAAAAGUGCUGAAGCUAACCCUCCAGGGCCGUCCACUUUAUCAUCUAAUGUGAGCAGUACAGGGAAAUUAGGGGAAUGGAAUGAAGAAAAUGAAUCCUGCCAGGGAGAAGAUGUAAGGAAACCAGGCAUUCCAAAAAGUACAAGCACUCCAUUGAAGCAUAACAUUCCCAGUUCAAGCAAAAGACAAGAGAUCAUUGAUGCAUCUUCUUCUAUGAAGGCUUUAUGUUCUGAAACAACCCUUAAUAAAGAGGACAAAAAUCCCACACUGAGCAAUGCAGAAGUGAAGGAAGAAAGGGAUACAAAUGAAAAACAGAAAGAAAUUGAGUGUGAAAAUGAUAAAAUGGAUGUAGAGUUAGAUGUAAAGAUGAAAGAGGAGGAGAAUAUAAAGGAUGAUGAUGAUGAUGAGGAGAAGAAUGAUGGUGGUGGUGAUGAUGUUGAUGUCAAAGACCUAGAAAUUUGUGAUAAUGGGGACACAAGGAUAAAAAACAAAGAAGAAAGUAGCGAAGAGAGUGAAGAGGAGGAGGGAGAGAUUGGAGAUGGGGACAAGUCUGAAAAAAGCUCUGAUGAUUCUGAAAGUGAAAGGGAGACAGAGAAUUCGGAUGAAGAUUCAGACAGUGAAGAGGAAAAAGAGCAGCAAACAAGAAACUCUGUGAUAGAGACAGAUAUGGAUGUGCUUGAUGUGUGUGCAUCUGAUGAGGAGUCAUGGCUGAAUGAGGAGGAAGAUGGGAGGAGUCAGAAGGACUUUAGAGAGGAAGAUGAGCCUGAGAUGGAAGACAGUGGAAAUACAAAGGAUGUGGCAGACAGGGAGGAGGAGGUUAUGGAAGAAGUUGAUAUGGAAAUAGAUGAAGCCUCUGAUGGAGAGAAUAGGAUUGAAGUGACACAAACUUCUAAAAGCCAAGUGAAUGAAAAUGAGAAUGUGACCGUCACAGAGAGCACAAUGGAAUAUGAUGAUGUGGACUUCCAAUCCAACUCCAUAAUGAAGUCUUUGAUUCCUAAUGGAUUCUGCUUCCAGUACAUCAGUUACAAUAAGUGCAACAAACCCAUGUGUAAAUACAGGCACGAUGUGCCCUCCAAGGAAGAAAUUUUCAAAAAGGGGAUUCAUGAGAUUUCUCGUCUGUACAACCAGAGUGACAAAAAAACUGCCUUUGACAUAUACUAUAAGCUGUUAGAGCUGAAUUUCCACGACUCGAUUCCCACCAAGUGCAUCAUGAAGUUGGUGAGAUUGACAGAAGAAGACUACGAUGUGACCUUGGCCUUUAGCCUUAUCAGCCAUGUAGAGAAAAUCAGAUCCAUUGAGUUUCAUUCAACCUUGAUUUCCAUGAGUAGUCUCACACCAGGAUAUUAUGUGGAAAGCUUGUGGACAUUGUUUAUCUGUCUGCAAAAACUAAACAAAUGUUUGACCAAUAAAGAUAUAGUUGUCCUCCACAGAGCAUUUGAAGAGAAGCAGCAGUGGCAAAGAUUAUGGAGCUCAAUGAUCUACAGUCUGCGAUGCACUGGUUUCCUACCCCCUGUGUACAUCACUCGGUCAGCUCUGCAGGCUAUUGUGGGGGACACUGAGGGGUGUGUCACAGAGGCUGUCCAGUGGAUAGAGAGCUGUGACCAAGAACAGCUGUACAAUCAGGAGGAUAAGCUUCUUGGUGCAGUGGCUGACAUUUGCCUUAAACAUGAUCAUCUAAAUGCAGCAGGAAUUCUCAAAUCCAUAGCAAACAAAGUGCAACCCAGUGUCACAGAGAGUACUAGCGGGGACCGUGACUCGGACACAUCCAGUGUUAACUCCGAGGACAGGAAUACUAAUCUAGAAGAUGCUAACUCUGAUAACCACAAAUUCUUCAUCAACAGAAUCAUGGGGGUUAAGUUCUCCAAAAACUGGGAGUACCUGGCUCAGAUAUUCCUGGAACUGAGUAACAUUGAGAGAGCACGAGAUCCCCGCUAUAUUGGGGCAUUCGUAGGAGUUUUCAAAUUUGACAACAAGCAACCAAAUGUACUUGUGGAGGCCUUUAAAGAAUUCAUGGAAAAAGUCAACUCUCUAUUUUUGAAAGAGAAAGCAGAGGAUGAUAUGUCUCGUAUGGACAGGCAAUCCCUUGGUAUCAUUGGGGCAGAGCUGGUCAACUUUUGUGCCCUGUCCCAGUGGUGGAGGGAGGGCCUGAGUGUGGUCCAGACCCUGCACAACAGCAGCAUCCAGUACCUGACCAGAAAGUCCCCCGGGGGCGCCCUAAUGUCCACCAUCGCUCUGGAUGUGUGUCUUAGGUGUAAAAAGCCUUACCAAGCACUACAGCUGUUGUCAGAGUGCAGGUGGUCCUGUGUCAGUGGAUUAAAGAUGGACAAGCCUGACUUCAAGGAGCGAGUGGUACAGCUGAAUACCCUGGUUAAACAGUUCACCAACAUGAAGAGACCGUCUGUGGCCUUUGCUGUGCUCCGUAGGGUUCUGAUGAAAGCUCAGAUAGAUCAGCAAUUUGAUCUCUACAACUCGCUUAUAGGUUUUGAAGAGAAUUUUCAUGUCAUCAUCACCCAGCUUUUGGACAUUGGUGACCCAAGAACUGCACAUGAUGCCUACGAGGUCUGUAGAAAUGCAUGUGUGGCUGUGACCUCUGACCUUGGUUUGCUCCAGCGUUUAGUAGUAGCCUGCGGAGAGGCUCGGUAUUUGACUGGUGUCCGUAAUGUCUUUAACCACCUACAAGAGUUAAAUGUGUACCCACCCCAAGAAAUUCCCCAUGAACUGAGGCCUCUGUGUAUCAACCUGUUGGUGCAGAUGUCCUUAACAGAGUGCAUCAUUCUGAUUGAGGACUUCUUGCAGUGGCUCUACAAGUUUCUGUGUGAUUGGUGUGUUCAGAAUCGGACUUGUGUUGUUCCAGAACAAUAUCUGACACUCAGUGUCAGAAUGCCCAGCACAGGGGGUCCUGACCCUCAGAUGAGAGCGUUGGACAGGAAACUGAAGGCCCUGAAGCACUUGAUGGAGACCAGCUUAACACCAGCUCUCUCUGUAUUUAUCUCAUCUCAAAGAAUGGAUAGGAGGAUUCAAGUCACUAUUCCAUCUCUGUUUCAAUAUCUGUUGGCAUUAGAUGUAAGGGAGGGAGGAAAGCGCCAAGGAUUCAAGAGAUGGACGGAUGAAAGUCAGAAGAAAGGGAAUAGAAUGCGGCAAGAUGUGCCCUGGAGUAGUCGCUGUUGAUCAGAAAUAGCAUUUUCCUGGUUUUUAGAAUGUUGAAAGAAAAUUUGUGAGAUUAAGGAACUAUGAAGUGAAAACAAUUAUGGAGUUAUUGGAAGUCAGUGUAUUGAAAACUAAUUUCUACAAUCUUUUGUCAACUAUGAAGACCAUAAAACAUCUGUUGCAUUAUCUUAAAGGUCAAAUUUCAGAUGAUCCCAACCAGUCAAAAUGAUCAUCCGAGGCCUAUAUUUGAUCAUUUGUGUACUGUGAUUGAAACACUUCGCUGUAGUCCCAUAUACUACUAUGAUUUUGCUGUUCCUGUGUUUGUAUGUAAUGGAAAAAAUGCUUUCUCCCACAAAUCACCAUUGGCCUACUACUUUGUUUCAACACUUCCUUGAAGUUGGCAUUAACUGCUUUGGUAUUUUUGUACCUAUGUUAUGUGUUCACAAACUGGAUGUUAUGACAAAUGUGAAACUAUUAAUGUGUUCUAUGACAAUUUCUGUGUCUGCUUAUUUAAUGGGUGAAAAUCAAGCCCAUACAGUGUUUUUGUGCCAUUCUUGCAUAUCUGCCAUGUUUCAAGCUAAUGAAGAAUGAAACUGAUUUCUGAAAAAAGCUUUU